AUAGGAGAGAGAAUAGAAGAAAAUAAGCUGCAACGAAGAACAAAGAGGAAAUCGCGGUUAUGGCGGGAGAGGAAGCUGAUGGAGGCGCCGCCGCCACCGGUGAGGGUUCUAACGUGUGCAAUUUCUUUAGGAAGCCAUCAAAGGGGAAGAACAUUAGGAAACGAACCGCCGUUGAAGAGGCGGAAGGCGAAGAAGAAGAUUCUAACUCUGGGAGCGCAGUGGUGUAUAAGAAGAAACAGGCUGCAGCUGACAACAAGCUGCUCUUUUCUAGUGGUCCGUUGAAGACUUCGAAAGGGUCUGAGCCUGAAAAACAGAAAGAAUCUGUCUUUGAGUAUGAGUCAUCCAGAGAAAUUCAGGUCCAAAAUGAUAGUAGGGCGACUGCCACUUUAGAGACAGAGACCGACUUCUCAAGGGAUGCCCGGGCGAUUAGAGAGCGUGUUCUGAAGCAAGCUGAAGCGGCAUUGAAGGGCAAGAACAAGAGUGCUGGGGACGAGAAGUUGUAUAAAGGUUUACAUGGGUAUACAGAUUAUAAGGCUGGAUUCCGGAGAGAGCAUACUGUUGCCAGCGAAAAGGCCGGUGGAGCUCAUGGACCUCUGAGGGCAUCUGCCCACAUAAGAGUGUCGGCAAGGUUUGACUAUCAGCCUGACAUUUGUAAAGACUAUAAAGAAACUGGCUACUGUGGUUAUGGAGAUUCGUGCAAGUUUAUGCACGAUAGAGGCGAUUACAAGUCAGGUUGGCAGCUUGAGCAGGAGUGGGAUGAAAAGGAGAAGGCGAGGGCUAGAAAAAUGGCUAUGCGAAAUAAGGGUGGUGAUGAUGAUGACGACGAUAGUCCUGCAACAAGUGAUGAGGAAGAUGAGAACGCACUGCCAUUCGCUUGCUUCAUUUGUAGGGAGCCUUUUGUGGAUGCUGUCGUGACCAAGUGCAAGCACUAUUUCUGCGAGCAUUGUGCGUUGAAGCAUCAUGCAAAAAAUAAGAAGUGCUUUGUUUGCAACGAGCCUACGUAUGGGAUAUUCAAUACUGCCUUUGAGAUACGCAAGAGAAAGGCCGCCGAAGGAAAAUGACAUCGCAAAUAAUGUUUUGGCUAAAUUCUGUUUGUUUUUGUCUUCUCAUUGUAAGAUCAAUUUUAUUACUUGUAUCGACUUUUCCAUUUUGAUGAUACUGUUGUAUAUUGAACAAUUAGUCAUGUAUUCUUAGAGAAUAGCUUUCACAAUUUA